UGAAGGAAUUUGGGUUUCUAAACUAUGUUAUUUAUUUAACUUGGAAGUUUCUUUUAUCCUUAAAAUUGCCCAAACCCUGCUUUGAGAGAGAGAGAGCGAGAGAGACAUACAAAAUCCUAGUGGGAGCGACGAUGGAAGAUCGAACGGAGGACACGGUGGCCGCCGCCGUGAAGAAGGAAUCCAUGGCGAAGUUGUGCCGGCGGUGCAAGGCCCUCUACUAUCCAGCCUCCAACACGCCCUCUUCUUGUCGGUUUCACGUUUCCUUCUUCGUUUGCCGAAAGCACGACGACCAAAAGAGGUACUAUGAACUUGACCCAGAAGAUCCACCAUACGCGGCCAAAUUCUAUGACUGCUGUGGAGCUGAAGACCCAGAUGCAGCAGGUUGCAGAACUGAUUUCCAUUCAUCAUAUGACGACGAUUAAUCUUUAUAGAACAUGUAAAUUUUCUGUAUGUUAUACCACUGCUAUUAAAAUUGCAUAAUUUGAACCACUUCAAAAUCUGCACUCUUCACAUUUAGAAUGUGGUAUUUUAUAAAUUUAAAGCUUUUUGAAAAACAUUCAGAUUUUUCUUGUAUUAUAUUG